AUGUCAAAGCAUGACCAGGCUGAAGAGCAGGCAAAUGAUCUGAUUAUCAGCUGUGUCAUCGACAUCUUCAAUGCUGCCUCUCAGCAGAAAAAGAAGCAGAGGUUUUCUCAGGAUGUGGUCAGUAGGCUGGAGACUAAAAAUGUCUGUGUCACUUCUCACUCUCUUAGAGUGGACACUCCUAAACCAGAGAGAGAGAGAGAGAUGAACAGCGGCGUUCUCUCAGUAAAGAUGUGGCUCUGUGUGUUUCUGCUCUACUCUGUGCUGCAGGAAUCUUCAGGCUGCACUGUAGAGCGAGGUUCUGGAGACACUAUCACCAAAUCUGCUGGAGAUUCUGUGGAGCUGCCGUGCUCCUGCACACAACAAACAAAGGUUGUUCCUCAGACAGUUCAGUGGGGAUUUAAGAGAAAGUUCGUAGGAGGCGUCUACAAUGCUGAUCACUCAGUGUUUCCAGAGGACGGCAGACAGAAUCAGCGCUACAAAGGCAGAGUUCAGAUAGUGAAUAAACCAGGAACUGUAGCUCUAAUCAUCUCCCAUCUCACUGAGGAAGAUGAAGGAGCGUAUCUGUGUGGGAACAACGGGAAAUAUAACAGAGCCAUCCCUCUCCUAGUCUCCACAGGCUGUGAGGUGCUGUUUGUCAGUGAGAGAACGUUCUCCAGAUCUUCAGGAGAGUCUGUUCUGCUGCCCUGUCCCUGUCCCCCAGACCAACACAGGAUCAACCCUGAAAGAGUCACAUGGACUAAAGAUCAGACUGCAGUGACUAAUGAUACAGAAUCCUACAGAGGCAGAGUCUGGAUGUUCAACCAGAACCAUUCCAGAAAUUUCUCUCUCCUCAUCUCAGAUCUGACUAAAGAGGACUCUGGACUCUACACCUGCAGAGCUGAUGAGAAGGACAUGCCAUAUGUCCAGCUGGAUGUCACAGGCUGCACUCUGUCAGAGAAUAAACAGACUGUUCCAGUCAGUAGAUCCUCAGGAGAGUCUGUUCUUCUGUCCUGCACCUGCACUGACCAGCAGGACAGACCUGUGCGAGUUCAGUGGAGAACACCAAACCAUGAAGAUCUCCUUCAGCGCUACAGCGGCUGAGUUCAGACGUUUGACCAGAGCUCUCCAGGAAAUCUCUCUGUACUGAUCUCAGACCUGACUGAAG